AUAGAAAUAACACCACAUCAAGCCAGCAGGUUCAUCUGUUGUCAUUUCUAUAUUUUCUUCUUUCAAUUCCUUCUUUUAAUCUCUCCCAACCAUUUUUUCCAUUUCAAAUUACUCAUAUACCUUUCUCCUCUUCCAACCCAUUAUGGUCUAGACGCUCAAAUGCUUCGCCGGCGUCCUUGCACGCCUCCGUUCCCACCACCUCUCUAGUUUCCUUCUCCAUCUCUCUCUCUCUCUUCCCCGUCUCCUUUUUCCCCAACUUAAUGAUCCGCCAGCAACAACUUCCUAAUGGCCGUCGCCGCGCCGGAGAAGUCGCCGGCAACGUGACGGCGGAUUGCGCUGCAGUGUGCUGCUGCGUUCCUUGCGCGAUAAUGGACAUGGUGGCGCUCGCUGCGUACAAAGUUCCCGCUUGUUUGUGGAAGAAAGCGGUGAAAAAGAAGAGGAAGAAACGGUUGCUGAAAAAUAAGAAGAACGAAGCGGCACUGUUGGAUCAUAACAAACCUGGCGGGCCUGGGCUUGGCCCUGAAACGGUUACUGUCGGGCCCACGUUGGAAGAGCAUUUGGCGAAGGAAGAGUUGCCGGGGGAUGUUAAAUUGGAAGAAGAGAUGUGGGCCCGGUUCAGCGGAAGCGGUUUUUGGAGGAGUGACUCUAAGCGACAAGAACCGGAACUGCAAACCGGGGAAAAGGACCGUUAGUACUUUUUUUAAUAAUUGAAAGAGGGAUUGUAACUUCUGUAAUGCGAAAUUUAUAUUCAGAUUUCAGAUACAGGUGCUGAAAUUAAAAAACAAUUCAAUGCUUUGUUACUUUUUGUGGAUUGUGAUGUUGAGAGGGAAUCAUUUAUGUGUUUUAAGGGUAAGAUAGUAAUGAAUAUGCUUCAAUUUUACAUAUAUCUUCUAACUAAAAUAAGAAAUUGGGUUUGGUGCUGUCAUGAAUUA